AUGUACCGACGGAAAUCUCCUAGCGCGAAGCAGGAGUUCAAAGCGGCCAGUGACAAGUUGGAUGCGUUGACGAGGAAGCUUACUCUGAUUCACCGGUCGCUGGUGGAAGACCAGCAAGGGUGCGAGGAGGGGAGGGCGGGUGUGUGUGACGGGAGCCGUGAGCUAAGUCGGAGCGCGGGGGUGGUUGGUCGAGGGGGGUUAGAUUGUUCGUCAAGUGGUAGUGGAGCCCGCGAGAACAUUGCCGGGCCCUCCGCUCAGACCAUGGGCCAGCAACCCGUGGGUCUUUACCCGGGAACGCCCUAUGUAGUCCGUACGAAUGUCCCUAAUGAGCCUACGGACUUGGAGCUCAAAAUACAAAUUCUGGAACAGAAGGUGAAGGACAUGAAUCAGAUGGUUAUAAAAAGCAUUGCCGACUUGAGAGAUCAGGCUGUCCAUGAGACGGCGGCAGUGGCUAAUCAAUGUAGCAGUAUUCUUGAACAAGUGAAUUCUAUAGACACUCGCCUCAACAAGGUGGAACAAAAGAUCGACCACCAAACUGAUUACAGACUUUUGUCUAUUGAACACGAAGUAAAUAGGUUAGAUAACAAAUGUACAUCAAUCGCUACCGAUACCGUAACGGAGUCAUCCGUACAGAGUCAGCGAAUUGAUUCCCUACGGAGGGACUUGGAUAGAAUUAUGGAUUACCAAGCGAUUGUAGUUAAAACAAUUGCCAAUGAUUUAAAGGUAAUGUAUAGGGGACAUUUGGUCACCGUUCUGGGUGCCAUUACUGUCGUGAUAUUUCUUUAG